UUAUUUUUAUUUUUUUAAAGAAAGCGAUGCCAUUCAAAAUUGGGUUUGUAUCGGGGAGAAAAAAGCCGCCAAGCAUGAACACACAUUUUUAUUUUAUUUUUAUUUCCCCCUCCAAACUUCUCAAUUCUUCAUUUUCUUUUUCAACAAAAAAACUUUUCUUUUAUUUUCUAGCAUUUUUUCCAAUUUUCCCACAUUUAUUGGUGUCGUCGCUUCUUUAAAAUACUUUUUAGUUUAUUCAUCUUUUUUAAAUAGGAACACGCCCACUUCGGCGCGCGUCCAUAACGGCGCA